CAGCAGUUAAGCAACUAGCGAUAAGCUGGUUGUUGGUGCGAAGUUUUCACAAGGAUUAAUGCCCUGCCAUUGUGUUAUAAAUGAUAAUAUUUUAAUUGGGACCUAGCUAUGUCUCAGAUAGAGAAGAAAGCAGGGCUACUGAGGAGGACAUCAGCCUCGAAAAAGCCCUUGAAGGAGAAAGUGGUGCUGAUGUAUGACGAGAUCUUUGCAAAAGAGGACCCAGCUAAAAACAAUCCUCGGUUCUGGGAUGAGUUGUUUCUAAUGAAGGUGAACCUGGAGUACCUGGAGUCUAAGUUGGAAAGCAUAGAUGGGGAGGAGGUCCAGCGGAUUCAAGACAACAUCAACUCACUGUUCCAUCACUGUGUUCAGGCUCUAGGGGAGGAGCAUCAGAUCAAAGUGGUCAAUGCACUACAGACUCUGUGUGCACUUUUCCGAGGGGUCCACCAGAAGAACAAGUCAGCCUCUGGCUUUGAUAUCAUCAACAUGCUGAUGGGGUUUGACAAGGCUGAGCUUAGGAUGAAGGAGCUGAUGGAAAGUUUGGACAGCCUUCUUUGUGGAGAGGGCUCAGAGAGUCUGAAGAGCCUCUGUCUCAAACUGCUGCUCUGUCUGGUGACGGUGACAGACAAUAUUAGCCAGAAUACCAUACUGGAGUAUGUGAUGAUCAACAGCAUAUUUGAAGCCAUUCUACAGAUUUUGUCAGAUGUAUCCAGCAGAGGGCAGCAUGGUUAUGAUGCUGUUGUCCUGCUGGCUCUACUGGUCAACUACAGGAAAUAUGAGUCUGUGAAUCCCUACAUUGUUAAACUCUCUAUUGUGGAUGAUGAGCCAACACUAGAUGGAAUGGGCAUGGUCGUUCACCAUGCUUUGACAGAAUAUAACAGGCAGUAUAAAGACAAAGAGGAGGAGAACCAGGGUGGAUUUUUCUCUACCCUUAGUAGUAUGGUGGGCAGUAUGUUUAUAGCUGAUGCUGAUGAGAAGCUCUCUGUACAGACCAAUGAGGCGAUUCUCCUGGCACUGUAUGAGGCCGUGCACCUCAACCGCAACUUCAUCACUGUGUUAGCACAGAGCCAUCCAGAGAUUGACAUGGCGAACACCCCCAACACCCCUAUCCCCACCACUCCCACAACGCCACUGGGCACAACCCCACCCUCUCUGGACAUGAUGAACCAACCAGAACUGCCUCUGGAUCCCAACCUGCAGACGAGCAAUCUGCUCAUCACCUUCCUGAAAUAUGCCUCUAUUGUCAUGCAAGACACCAAAGAUGAACACAGACUCAACAGUGCCAGACUGUGUCUCAUCAUCCUCACCUGCAUAGCCGAGGACCAGUACGCUGAUGCCUUUCUUCAUGACGACAACAUGAAUUUUAGAGUCAAUCUCCACAGAAUGCCCAUGAGGCAUAGGAAGAAAAUGGUGGAUAAGAACAUUCCCUCACGGCCACUGGUGUGUGCAGUUCUAGAUCUGAUGGUGGAGUUCAUAAUCACUCAUAUGAUGAAGGAUUUUCCUAUGGAUUUAUACUUGCGCUGUGUACAGAUUAUCCAUAAACUCAUCUGCUACCAGAAAAAGUGCAGAAUCAGGUUACACUACACCUGGAGGGAGCUGUGGUCAGCCCUCAUCAACCUGCUGAAGUUCUUGCUGUCAAAUGAAACCACAUUGCUGGCCAAGCACAACAUCUUUCACCUGGCUUUAUUGGUGGUGAACCUGUUUAACAUGUUCAUUACCUACGGAGAUACUUUCCUUCCCACCUCCAAUAGCUACGACGAGCUGUACUAUGAGAUAGUUCGCAUGCACCAGGUCUUUGACAACCUCUACUGCAUGGUUUUAAGAGUAUCCACCAACACUGGCCAGUGGAAGGAGCCUGCAAGUAAAGUCACACAUGCCCUCGUCAAUGUCAGGGCCAUCAUCAACCAUUUCAACCCAAAGAUCGAGUCCUACGCUGCUGUGAACCACAUCUCCCAGCUAUCAGAAGAACAGGUGUUGGAGGUGGUACGGUCCAACUAUGACACACUGACCCUGAAGCUACAGGAUGGUCUGGACCAGUUUGAGAGAUACUCGGAGCAGCCUAAAGAGGCCGCCUUCUUUAAGGAACUGGUGCGCUCCAUCAGUCUGAAUGUGAGGAAGAACGUCUCCCUAAACACACUGAGUCAAGAUGUCCUGCUCAAAGAGUUUUCCACCAUCUCUUGAGACGUACGCUGACACACACGUCUCACUCCUCCUCCUCGUUUCAGAAGGACACAGGAUUUUGUGCAUGUGGACAUGUGUACAUGUUCACACAGUUGCACACGUGUCCACACACACACACACACACACACACACACACACACACACACACACUAAUACAAGUCUUGGUUAUCCUCUCCAUUGUUCCUAUUGAAUCCCAUUCCUAGACCCCCCCCCCCCACACACACACACACACACACUUCAGUCUUCUUUCUCCUGUGUCUGAGAUUAGGGCAACUUCUUUCACAGAGACAAACUCACACUUACAUACUCCCUGGAUGCACAUCACUACUGAAGAUCUGAUGGGCAUUUCCUGCAAGUUAGCUCAACUUUCAUGUGCGUGUGUGUAUGUGGAUGAUUCAUAAAGGUGCCUGUAUUACACUGGUCUGUGUGAGUUUAUGUGUAAUCUUCAGUAUUUGCAGGACCGUUAACUGCCACACGAAAGGCUGGAUUUACACCACAGCAGGAUUUCUUUUUUUCUUCUUAGCCUUGAUCUUUCACUAAUUCCUUAGCAGCCCCCCUCCCCCCUCUCCCUGACCAUUGUUGGUAUUGUAAAUAACUUCUGAUGUUCAACUUAUCAAAGUUUUUUUUUCUUUUUUUUUUAGUACAGAAUUUGUGUCCUAGUAAUUUUUUCAGGGGGGAGUUUUUCGCUUUUGAGGGACAUCUUCUCAUUUAGCAACAACUCCCAACAUCGGCAAAAACAUCCCACGUUGAAGCUGAGCUUGGUAAACCUGGAUAAGAAACCUGGAUAUAGAUGCAUUCUGGACAAGUCAAAUCAAAGAUAUUUCUUGGUGGUUGAAUGUUGAUCAUGUGAACGCUAACCCAAUUUACGCCAUGUUCUGUAUUUACACAUCUGACUGUGGGGUAGACCAUGGUGGCCAAUAAUUAAUCUGAAAAUGCUCUUUGAAGUAACAAUCUUUUUUGUUGUUUUUGAAAGCCCCUUGCGUUUUUUUAAAAAAAAGCCUCGAUUAAUAAGUCACUACUGUACUUUGCACAAGUUGUUUCUAUUCUAACAGACGGGAACUGAAACUAAAUUUGCCCAAGUGAUUGGUUGGAUUGAAACGUUUGUGGAAGAAUGUUUAGGCUUUCCAUUGUGUUUCAUGGAGGCGAUUGUGGCAGCCAGAAAUUGGGAGGUAUGUCCGUUGAGUGACUCUCAUGUAAGAAUGAAAACACGAGUCUGUGUAUUCACUCUCCUGAAAUUAGCCUCGCUCUCGCUUGCUGAGAAAUUUGACAUCUGUGACUGGAAUCAAGUCUGUAUUAUGAAUAUCUUUUGCUUAAAGCCUUGGUUCUCCCAUCGUUAAUCUCUAUGGGUUCAUUAUUUAUGCCUGUUUUUAAAUAAAGGUUGGUUUCCUA